UCCAGGCUGGGAGCCGGCACCAACAGGCAGAGACCUGGCAGCCUGCUCUCACCAUGAAGCGGCCAAGGGAGCCGAGCGGCUCCGACAGCGAGUCCGACGGAGCCAUCGACGUGGGCCGGGAGGGCGAGCUUAGCCAGAUGGCCAGGCCCCUGUCCACCCCCAGCCCUUCUCAGAUGCAAGCCAGGAAGAAACGCAGAGGGAUCAUAGAGAAACGGCGUCGAGACCGCAUCAACAGCAGCCUUUCCGAACUGCGGCGCUUGGUCCCCACCGCCUUUGAGAAGCAGGGCUCCUCCAAGCUGGAGAAAGCUGAGGUGCUGCAGAUGACGGUAGAUCACUUGAAGAUGCUCCACGCUACUGGUGGGACAGGAUUCUUUGACGCCCGAACCCUGGCAGUGGACUUCCGGAGCAUCGGUUUCCGGGAGUGCCUCACUGAGGUCAUCAGGUACCUGGGGGUCCUGGAAGGACCCAGCAGCCGUGCGGACCCGGUCCGGAUUCGCCUCCUCUCCCACCUCAACAGCUACGCAGCCGAGAUGGAGCCUUCGCCCACACCUGCCAGCCCCCUGGCCUUCCCUGCCUGGCCCUGGUCCUUCUUUCAUAGCUGUCCAGGGCUGUCAGCCCCGAGCAGCCAGCUCGCCAUCCUGGGGAGAGCGCCAGGCCCCGUCCUCCCCAGCGCCGCCUCUCUCGCCUGCCCCAUCCCAGCCCUCCGAGCAGUUCCCAUGCGCAGAGCUGCCGGCACCGUCCUGCCGGCGCGGAGGAAUCUGCUGCCCAGUCGAGGGGCGUCUUCUACUCGGAGGGUCCGCCCUCUGGAGAGGCCGGCUGUCCCCCUGCCGGUGACCCCCAGCGGCAGGGCUGCCAGGAGCAGCCCCAUGGCACCCCUCCUGCGGUCUUCUUCCCCCACAUCCGCGGGCGUUGGGAGGUCCCCUGCGUCUGCCGCUGUUCCUGCCCCCAGGCCCUCUCCCUCCGGGCCUGCUGGGAAGCCCGCAGGGGCUGUGCUCUGCCACUCCUGGGUCUCCGAAAUCACGGAGGUCGGGGCUUUCUGAGCUGUGUCCCCUCCCCCACCCCCGCCUGGAGUAAGGAAAAAUUCUUCCCGGGAGCUCCGAAAGUGGCUCUGCCCUUUCUGCCCUGCCUCCUGGACUGGCUCCCGUGUGAAGGCGUCUUCACCCAUGGGAGGCUCCCUUGCCCUCUGGCCCAUCUCCCCUCCUCACUGUUCGGCUCACCUUGCCCACCUGGCCUCCUGGAGCUGUUCCGACCUCAGAGGCUCGGUCCCACCUCUUACACGCACAGAUGAGUCCCGGGAGAACCCUAAGCGCUGUGCGCACGCCCCUCAUCCUGCCCCAGUGUACAUGGGCAGCAGGCAUGAGUCUCAGCUCUGGGAACACAGCUGUGACCUAAAAAGCAGAGUGGCUGAGGCUGGCUGCUUCCCAAGAGAGACCAGACCCCCAUCAGGAGCAAUGACUCCCUGGCUGCAACCUUCCCAGGCCCCAUAACACAGGGCCUGCCUUGCUUCCUGAGACAGUAAAGGAACAGGGCGGGCCACAGAGAGGUUUCCCAGGGACCCUGCCUGCCCCUGCCCACCUGUCUUUAGCCCACCCCAUUGCAGCAAAUCACAGGACAGACCUGCUGCCCACCACGACCAAGACCUCCCAGCUGCAAACACCCAGCAUCCAGCCGACCAAUAGUCUUCUGCACGCAGCUGGGAGCCUUCCCGGCAGCAGUAAGACCCCGAGACAGGGUGUCCUUACCACUAGGCCUGGGACAGCGCUCUCAGGUGGCAGCCAGGACCCAGCAAAGAGAGCCCAGCUCUCUCCUCUCACGCCUCCCUCCAGGCGUGUGGUCCCUGUCGGCACACAGCCAUGUUCCCACGUGAUGGGGCCCCCCGGAGAGGGAUCCUCUUGGGAUUCAGAGCCAGACGUUUGUGCGGCCUGGUCUGCAUCCGGCUCACGGAGCUGUCUGCUGGGACAGCCAGGGCUUGUCGGGCCGGACAAAAAUAACUGGGAGGAGGGGCGAGAGGAAGGACAUUCAGAGGCGGCCAUGCCCUGCAAGGUCACCCAGUGGCUCGAGGGCCUGAGAGCCUAUUCACCCAGGAUUCCACGCAGCUGGGGCUGCUCAGAAGCCAUGUCGUUACUCAGCACCAACCCCAGCUGCUUAUCCUCCAACAGAGGGACAGAUGACCCAGUGACUGUUCCCGGUGGAAGAGCAGAGUCUGGACAAGAUGUGGGCAGAUCCAAGACUGACAUUGUGGACCAGUGUUGCCAGAGCUGCUGUUAAAAUGUACUAACACAUCUGUGCUGGGUGGCAAACACCUGCAUCCCCCGAGUGGCUCUGAGUGUCCCCCAGCGCGUGGCUUUGCCCCCAGGACCCCCCUGUGCUGGUUAAUGCCUGUCGGACCCCAGGUUAUGGGAUCUGCCAGCUGGCAAGUUGUUUGUUGGUGCUUAUUUUACGCUGGUUGUUAAAUACUGCAAACGUCAGGCUGGGAAGAUUCUCCCACCGCCACCCUUUGAUAGAACUACUCUCCCCAGAGGCUAAAUUGGGGAGACUCCCUGGGCUCACAAGUAGUUUGCAAAAGCCUGAGGGAAAAGGGGCCCAUUCAGAGAAAUGGGUCAGAGGACAGAGGUCAUUUAAAUGACCCAGAAAGCUGUUUUGCAAAGGCGAAUUCCUCAAGGAGGCAUGAAGAGCUCAAAUAAUUCAUUCACUCCCCUGUGUUGGUUCCAUCAGGUGGCUGUCCUUCUGCACCCACCUGAGAGCCUGGAGGAGAGAGGGUGUAAUUUCAAGGAGAGGGAGGGCGGGGCU